GACCUGUUGAUAUGAGUCGGAAAAACAUUCUGGGGAACAGAAGAAGAAGAAGAACAGAUUGGCGAGUCUUUGUGGCGAUUGGCGAAAAUGCAUUCGGGGAAAAGCAUCGUGAGGAGGAAAGUUGAAGUGAUAGAUCACGAUGUCUUGGCGACCAAUUAGUCUAUUGAUCAGCUAAAUUGACGUCAAGGAAAAAAUAUUGAUGAGAGAUAAGCUGAAGCGGGUAUAUCUCAUUAAAGCUUCCCCAAGAAGACUCCAAAUAUAUCGCCACGAAAACAUCGCUCGUGACGGACAAACGCCUCUUUGACGAGCCAUCAUUUCUAAGAAAGCCGGAAAGUCAGGCUCCAGACGCAAUCAAGAGCGUAUACCACGAGAGGCAUUUAAUACGUUUAUACCGGGCAGAAGGGUUCUACGUGGGAGCAAAAAGCCCAGUGUGUCUCGAGUGCCCCGAAGCGUCGUCUUAUUAGCUUUUGUGAGAGAACGGGCGGCGGUGGUCGCGAAAAGGGACAUAAUAUACCGUAGGGGGGAAGAAGGAAGGAGAGAGGACCCCGCCGGCGUUCCCUAGAUUAGAAGGUCUCGGCCACGGCGAUUAUUACCGUCGGGCUGGGGUUACGCCGUGAAGCACACGGAGGAAGAAACCGCCGGUGGAAAUCGAUCUUAACGACCACCUCGUCCUCGUCGGUUGUCGGUCCGGAUGUGGUUGUCGCUGCUCGUCCAUCGCGUUCGCCGCCAUUCGUCGCGUAAGAAGAAGCAUGUCGAGCUUGGCGCGGAGAAGACGCACGGCGGUGCUCGGUUCGAAGCGAUGGUGGCAAGGCGGAUGCUGGGCCACCAGGAGCCACCAGGAAGCGUACUUACGCAAACUCUACGGCAGAAAGAACAAUCAAGAUGCCAGGAAUAGUGGCAACCAAAACGACGAGGAUGUCGCAGCGCGUACCGCCGGUAUCGAUGCGCCUUGGGCGACGCCCGGUGUUUAUGAUCUUCCAACCAUUACCGACUCCGAGCAUCAUUACCUGGACGCAUUUCUGAGAAAUCGCGAAGACGGCGCGAACGGCAACAACGACGUCGUCGACGAUGUCGUCGCUGUGGUGGUUGGGUGCCCGGCGUUGGCGACGUCGCGCGCGAGUCCGACGGAGAAGUGCGUGGAGUUCCUGAAGGGCGCUCAUCACGAUGGUGGAACCAAUUUCGGUCGCCGUGCCGCGGGAGACGCGGAAUGCGGCCGCAUAGCCGAUUGCGGUUCGAUGCAUUCGAGUUACGAUGCGACCGCCGGUUGUUCCGAGAAAGUGUGCAGGAGCUGCAGGUGCCCGCGAGAGGAACACCAGCGGGCUUCGACGGAGGCGGGCGGUCCUUCGGGACUCGGCCUGGGUCCAGGUCCGCCGAUGGCGAUGGCCAUGGCCUUUCCGAGCGGCGCCGAGGGCGCGCCUCACCAGGAGCCGUUCAAGAGCCCGGUGCAAGCUGCGCCGGCCGGUCUGGCGCUGCAGGAGGCUCUGAUGCAGCAUCACCAGAGGCACUCGCAAAGCGACGACGACAGCGGUUGUGCGCUCGAGGAGUACACGUGGGUGCCACCCGGACUGAGGCCCGACCAGGUGCAUCUGUACUUCAGCGCGCUGCCGGAGGACAAGAUCCCGUACGCGGGUAGCGCCGGCGAGCGGGAGCGGGUGAAGCAAUUGCUGCAACAGCUACCGCCGCACGACAAUGAGGCGCGUUACUGCAGCGGCCUGACCGAGGAGGAGAAGCGCGAGCUGCGGGUAUUUGCGGGUCAGCGGAAACGCGAGGCUCUCGGACGCGGACACGCGAGCCAGCUUGAGCGGCCGCAUGGCGCCGGAUGUCGCGAGUGCGGCCGCGCGAUUGCGGCCGGCGAGAUGGCCGUGGCGGCAAGCCGCGCGGGUCCGGCCGCUCUCUGGCAUCCCGCCUGCUUCGUCUGCUGCGUGUGUCGUCAACUGCUAGUGGACCUAAUCUACUUCUGGCGAGACGGCAGGCUCUACUGCGGCCGUCACCACGCAGAGACCCUCAAACCCCGCUGUUGCGCUUGCGACGAGAUCAUCCUCGCUGAUGAGUGCACCGAAGCUGAGGGUAGAGCGUGGCAUAUGCGUCACUUUGCUUGUCUCGAGUGCGAUCGGCAGCUCGGCGGCCAGCGGUAUGUGAUGCGAGAAGGUCGGCCGUACUGUCUCAGGUGCUUCGACGCUUCCUUCGCUGAGUAUUGUGACAGCUGCGGCGAGCCGAUCGGCGUCGACCAGGGCCAAAUGUCACACGAGGGUCAGCACUGGCACGCGACCGAGGCUUGCUUCUGCUGCGCCACUUGCCGCACUUCUCUUCUGGGCCGGCCGUUCUUGCCGCGACGUGGUGCCAUUUACUGCAGCAUAGCGUGCAGCAAGGGGGAACCGCCGACGACACCGAGUGACUCCUCCGCCGGGCCGCCCCCGCCCCCGUUGUCCUUCCUCAGGAGUGGUAGGAGGCAAACGAUGGCUACGAGCGAGGGUUCGUCGAGUCCACCUCCACCGCCUCCACCUCCGCUUCCUCCAGGUUCGAGGCAUACCCUCGGAUCUCCUAGGAAUUCGCCUCGAAUGACCAGAAGACAUCAACAAAUUUCCGCUUCCUUGGCAACGACGCCCACCCAGAGUACCCAAAACGCUCUGAGCCCCGAGUUUGGCGCGGAAGGACUUCCUUCCAGCGGUUCCAGACCCAGUGGUCUCGACAGAGUACUUUUGGAGCGAAAUCUUGAGAGACUGUUGCAGGAACGUGGCUCUAAUCCUGACGAAAACUGCAGUGAGUUGGGAAGGCUGAUGCAAGCGCGGGAUCGAGAACCUUUGAGAUGUAUCCAGAAUUGCACACCUACCCACGCAUCGAGUAUGCCGGAACUGCCGCCACCUCCGCGACCAUCGUCGGGAGCGUCAAUGUCAACAUCGACCGCCGGCGCGGCGUCCGCCGGCGUUCUGUCGCAAGAGCCGGCGACGUCACCGGCCAAUCCCGGGAUUGGAGCCAGCCAGACGGAUCCGCCGACGCCGACGUCGAGACGUGUGCGAUUUCAGGGAGAUCUAGAUGUCAACGAUCACAGCGCGACGUCGCGCAUCCCUCUCUCACCAACCAACGACCGGAAUUCGUCAUCGUCGCCUUCGCCCACGUCGCUGUCGAGAACGAACGUGUCACGAUCAAGAAGUCUGCAGCCCGAGGAGGUCGCUAGCACGUCUUGGGGAACGGCAGGCACGUCUAGGUCAAGAAUGGAUGGCGAGGAUGACGACGUCGAAAGCUGUUGUUCGACAUGCAGCUCAUCCAGCAGCUCGGACGAGGCCGCGGCUUACGCGCUACCACCACGACGAGCUUACGGCGGCGUCCGGAUUUCUUACGUGCCAAACGACGCAGUGGCGUGCGCGCGAAAACGCGCGCCCGCUUCUUCGUCAUCAUCGAAUCAAGCUCAGAGGGAUACCGAAAAAUGCGUCAUAUCUUGAUAACUCCUUCGGUACUCUACGAGUUUCGAUCUCGCUCCAGCAUAAUGAUAAUUAGGAGAACUACAAACGACGUCUGAGAAAG